AUAUUUCAACCCAUUUAUCCAAUAUGGCGCUGCGGAGAAUCACAGUUGUUGCCCAGGCAUUAAAAAAUUGUCAUAUUCAGAAGACAUGUACGCCGAAAUGUACACAGCAGUUACCUGGUAUUUCAAGAGCAAAUGUUUCACCAUUGCUACAUCGCUGUUUGUCAACCAAUGACUUUUCAGAGGAAGAUCUGGCAAGAGACGCGGCUAGACGAAGCAGCCGGGACAAACCCAAUAUCUUCCAGAAGAUUAUAGACGGAGAAAUAAAAGCAGAUAUCAUCUAUGAAGAUGACAAGUGUAUCUCAUUUCGAGAUGUCAAUCCAGUUGCGCCAACUCAUAUUAUUGUCAUCCCGAGAAAGCCAAUCCCCUGUUUGAGUGAAGCAGCGGAUGAAGAUACACCAUUACUGGGUCACCUUCUCACUGUGGCACGUAAAAUAGCUGCAACAGAAGAGUUGAAAGAAGGCUUCAGAAUCGUUAUGAAUGAUGGUCGCCAUGGUGCUCAGUCAAUUUAUCAUCUCCAUGUCCACAUCAUUGGUGGAAGACAAAUGCGAUGGCCACCAGGCUAGGCUAGGACUAAGACCGUGAUCGAUGAUGGGGUGUCCACCAGGCUAGGAAAACAAUCACAGUGUGAUAUUGUCCAUUAUGCCCAUUCAUAAAACUGCAAAGCAGUUAUAAAGUUUCGAGUACAAAAGUUAAACAUGCUACUUGUCAAUUUUCGUACAGUCAAUUCAGUGGAAUUUAAUUUUAAAAGUCAUCAUUUGGAAAAAAGUACUGGCAAGGCAAACUAGUGUUUGUAAAAUCUUGCCACGGUAGAUAUAUAUAUAAGAUAGAAUUUGAAGUACAAUUAUCAAACAAUUAUUUUCAGUGCUUAAAAAGCAACUUUUGUUCCAAUAAUAAUAAAAAUAAUAAACCGUAUUUAUAUAGCGCAUAUCACUAAAACAAAGUCCCUAUGCGCUUUAAGGAAAACAAAAUAAAGGAAGAAUGAACCAUCAAAGAAAGUUACUGAAAAGCAUUGAAAAGAUGAGUUUUAAGGCGUUUUUUUUAAUGUGUCAACUGUGGAAGCAUCCUUGACAGACUCGGGUAAGCCAUUCCACAGUUCAGCUGCAGCUACUUGGAAAGAGUGAGCACCAUAAGAUUUUGUAACGGGUGGAAAUGACGAGAAGAGACUUUGACUUAGAGCGUAAAUUUCUCGAAGGAAUGUAUUUGUGAACUAGGUCCUGGAGAUAAAUCGGGGCUGUGCCUUGCAAACAUUGAAAAGUUAAAAGGAGAAUUUUGAAUUUAAUUCUAGCUAGUCAACUAGAAUUUUAUUCUAGCUAGUCAACUUUUGAAAAGAGUAUAGUACUGCUAGUAGUACAAACAAAGAAAUGUUUGGGCCUAGCCACCACUAAGUAGUACACCAUAAAACAGAACAGACAAUCUGUUGUGUUUCAGUUUUUGUUUAGUUAGAGGGUCUUGUUAAUUUUAGUUCAUUCAUACUUUUCUUGCAUUUAUUUUGGGUGCCCUACUUUUGUGUGGUAGUUCAGUAAAACAAAAAGGGAUAAAUUUUGUUGGGAUAAAAAAUAUAUGAAUUUUUUGAGUAAAUUUCCAUUAUCCAUCCAGGUUGAUCAAUUAAAACGGUAUGUAAAGUAAAAGUUUAAAUUAUAAUACCAGUCAAAGAGCGCACAUAAAUUAUGACCAUUGCAGUAAAAGAACAUGCAUAAUUGGUCCUUGUAAUUAUUGUUUGUUUUUUUCUCUUUCAAUUGUGUUGCCAAAAAUCAAAAUAUUUAUUUAAUUACCUAAUACAUCAUGUAACAUUAAAUAUUUUUCAGGAAGGUUUAAAGUCAAAUCACAAAUUGCUAAACAGGAAGAUGGAAGUCGUCCAGUUGAGAUUGAUGAGUAAUAAACGAUCAUUGUCUGUUUGUUGACC